ACUACCCAUUGGCAUGCAUGUCAUGCUUAUUUUGCAGACCGAUCUAGUUUUAAUUUUACACACCCGUAUUCGCAUAAGACCAGAAAAUUGGAAAGAAGAAAACAAUGGCAAUAGUUUCAAAGUUUCCACAAGGGUAUGGAUAUGUUGUUUUGACAGGAGUUGGAAGUGCAAUCCUCCUGCAGUGGAUGGUGUCCAGAGUCUUUAAUACGAGAAGAAAAGUUAAAGAUAUCGAAUAUCCAGGUCUGUAUCAUCCUGGCCAAGAAAAAAUGAACUGUGUUGUGAGAGCCCAUCAAAACAUAUUGGAGGGUUAUCCUGUAUUCCUGAUGGUAUUGUUUGUUGGAGGUUUACAGCGCCCUAAAAUCUGUGCUUCAGCUGGAUGUGUAUGGAUUGUGGGACAAGUGGCUUAUGUAUAUGGUUACUGUAGUGAUGAUAAAACAAAUAGAAGAUAUGGAAAGUGUAUUGGAUAUCUGGGUUUGUUAACAAUGUUCGGCUGUACCGUUGAAUUCGGUGUUCGGGAGUUGAUGCACAAAAGAUUAUUUCAUACUGCAGUUGGGGUGAAAAACGUCAUGACAACUAAGGCAAAAGGAUUAUUGCCAUCCGUACUGAAGAAACAAGAUCGUUAACACGAACAAUCAUUUUUUUUACAUACUAGUGUAAACAACAGAACGUGAUACUCUUUCCAAUCUUAUGCUGAGCUCUUGUGCCAAUGUGUUUUACAAAGGCUUCAUAGAUAAAAGCUUGAUUGACUUGAACAUGUUGAAAUGUUGCAGAAUAUUUUAAGGAACUGUUUAUUAUUGGCCGGUUUCUACAUGGUAAAUUUUCAACUGCCGAAUUUUCAUAUUGUACCUUAUCUUAAAUUGAGAAUAUUUUCUUUUUAGAAAAUAAUUCAUUUGAAAAGAAUAAUUCUUUUGGAAAGGAAAACUUGUUCUAGAAUAAAAGAUUCAUUCUUUCCAAAUAAAUGAUGGUGCAAUAACUUGAAUAAAUUUUAAUUCAGGAUUUCCUGAGGUAUUGGAAAACCAUUACUUGAAAAUUAACAACAAUUAUUUUUGCUAUAAGUACGUUAAUUUCUUAUGUACUUAUUUUUUCUAAGUGUCGAUUAUGAAAGCUUUUUAUACAAUAUGACAUAUCGGGAGUUUGAUGAUUAUGAGGGUCAAUCGACCCUCUUUAAGACACAAAAUACCAAAGUAAAGAUGAGUGAGCAAGUAUAUUUUUUUGCUUACCACAUGUGUUGUAUCUUCAAACCAUCAAAUAAAGUCAAUAGCCCUUUCCCGGCGUUUAAAAGU